AUGGCAUUUAUUCAAAAAGCCUUCUCGAAAGUUUUCACCAAGUCACUAUCAGGUUGUCAUGCCAUCGAUCAAUUGAUCGAUGAUAGUAAAGAAGCAUCAUCGACAACACAACUUCACUGGAUCGAAGAGUCAGAGUUCAUAAUAACCCAGACGUCUAAAAACGACGUCCUAUACACAACACGUAAUGUGAAUGACAAUAAAGUCACAGAAGCCUUGCUUCCGCUUGGGCCGCAAGAGAAACUGACGCCAGAACUAUGCAAAGGAUGUGUAAAAGACCUGCGUGUCCGUAUUAGCACAUACUGUUGUCGAUGUCACGAAGAGAAAUCUCCGAAUGAGAUGUCUCCGGACCUUGUCGUUAAACCCGGCAAGACAAACUCUGCAGAUCAGCAAGAGACAGAAUUUACUCAUCUGGAGGAUAUAUCGCUUGAUGAAGAUUCACGUACGGCGGAUCAAGCGGAGGCGAAUGGAGCUGAAGUCAGCAAUGAUUCGAAAGUGGCCGGAAGCCGCAGUAAGAGCGAUAUCCCGGACAUAACCUUUACUCCGGUGGCUUCAAGUUAUGAUAAUUCGUCUAAAUCUACGGAUAACGUGUCUUCAGAUACGCAUAGUGGAAGUCAGCGAAAGUCUCCAUCAGCUUCAAAUACCGAUAGUCGGAGUGCGACAAACAGCCAAUCAAUUCCAGUUAGUUGGAAAUCUACACAAAAGUCGGCUCCAGACGCUGAUGGUUGGAACUCGACAAGUAUUCGAUCGGCUUUGGACGUUGGCGGUUGGAGUCCCCCAAAUUGGACAAUCGAUGACACUGCGAAUUGGACCCCUCCAGACUGGUCGACUUCAGAUACUGGUGAUGGUCACGGUCCAGCGAAUCGAUCAGCUCCAAACGUUGAUAAUUGGGGUGCACCGGAUUCGGGUAGUCGGCAUCGGCCAAAUUUUGGUUGGAGUUCUACCUCCAGACCUUAUGAACGUAAAAAUAAUACAUGGACGGAUAAUGUUAUGAGCGAAGAUUGGGGGGACAAACGUUCCAGCAAUAAUAUACCACGGGAUGAUCAUCGCAAAAAGGGUGAGAAAGAGUCUUCCGUACGGAUAUGGUGGAAGCCCGGGCAUGUGUCUAAAGACUGUCCUGAUAAAGUUUGUCACAAUUGUUCAAAGCCCGGACACACAGCAAAAGACUGCCCUAAUAAGACAAACGAAGUGAUAUGUCAUAAUUGUUCAAAGCCCGGACACACAAUAAAAGACUGUCCGACAAAAAUAUGCAAUUAUUGCAAAAAGCCGGGUCAUCUUAUUAGAGAGUGCCAAUCACGAAACAGGAAUAAAAACGGCUUUAGACCUACCCCGGAACAACAUAGUGGAGAUUUUGACAAUGAUCGUUCUCGUUCACAUCAACGAGAAUCGGAUAAAGCCCAAAAAAGCAGAUCAUCAUCAGUUUCAUCCCAGGCAUCGUAUCGUCAGUUUGGAUGGCAAAUUCCGAUAAAAGAGUCGUCUUCGAAUGAAAAGAAUGUCGCAAGCGAUAAGCAGAACAACGCGGCGAACAAACAGGGUUCCAAGCGUCGCAAGGCACGACCAUCGAACGCGAAUCAAGAAGGCGAAAGAAAUGACGAUGAGAACAACGACAACAAAAAUUAUAAAGACCUGAUGAUGGCCUUUCAAGAGAUCCAGAAAGGCAUGAAAAAUAAAGGUACAAGCAACGCUUGCAGUGACAGUGAGAGUGGAAACGGAAAAGAUGCCAAGUCGAAUGCUGACGAAGAAGAAGAGGAUACCGGCGUGCAGCCAGUGAUGGAAAGUUAUGUUAGGUGGAGAAACACGGAAGCCGAAGAAGUGCUGACUUUGAUGAAAGUGAUUUCUGAAAAUCAGCAAACUGAAGGAGACGGCGAGAAAAGUGACGAUGAGAAUAAAGAGAGUAAGGUGAUUAAAGACGAUGAUGGUUGGAUCCCUCCAGAAGAAUAUGAGUGGUAG